ACAGCGGAGCGGGUGACGCGCAGCGUGCGGGGCCGGGGAUGCGCGAGCCGGGGAGGAGCAGCUGUUCUCCCGGGAGUCACUUCAAGCCGAGCCGGGCACAGAGAGCGGCUCUCCGGGGAAGUAACAGUGUGGUGCAGUAAGAGCUUAACUCGAAACGGGGUCGUGUAUCAGGAGCGUGGCUCUCCAGCGGCCAAAACUAACGCGCGGCGGCGACGGGCGGUGAGGUGACUUUGACGGGCAGUGCGGGGAGCCGCGUUCCGCCGCUGGAGCUGCACUGAGCCGCUGUGUUUGGAUAUGAAGGACCGCUCCGAGGCGUGUUUGAGGUUCCGGGGGCUCAGACUGCGCUGCUAGAGUUUAUUUGACUCUCUCAGCUCGGCGCUGCGAUGGCUCUGACUCCAGCUUCAGCUUCAGUAACUCAGCCCGAGACGAGGAAGUUUACCCGCGGGCUGAGCAAACCGGGCACCGCCGCGGAGCUCCGGCAGAGCGUGUCGGAGGUGGUGAGGACCUCGGUACUCGUGGUAAAGCCGAAGGUGAUUGAGCCACUGGACUAUGAGAGUGUUUUGGUUCAGAGGAAGACUCAGAUCCUCAGUGAUGUCCUGCGAGAUAUGCUGCAGUUCCCCAUUGAUGACUUUCUGAUGUCGACACUGAGGAGGCAGGGAAGGACUCUGCACCCCACUGUUCCUGAGGGAGCAGAGAAAAGAGCCACCAGCCUGUUCGUCCAGGAGUGCAUCAAGACCUACAACUCAGACUGGCAUGUGAUUAACUACAAGUAUGAUGAUUAUUCAGGAGACUUCCGCCAGCUUCCCAAUAAAGCCCCUCGGCCGGAGAAGCUGCCCACUCAUGUGUUUGAGGUGGACGAGGAUGCGGACAAGGACGAGGAUACAGCAUCCCUGGGUUCUCAGAGAGGGGGUGUGGCCAAACAUGGCUGGCUGUACAAAGGCAAUAUGAACAGUGCCAUCAGUGUCACAAUGAGGUCUUUUAAGAGAAGAUAUUUCCAGCUGGCCCAACUGGGGGAUGGAUCAUAUAAUCUAAACUUUUAUAAGGAUGAGAACAUCUCCAAAGAGCCCAAAGGGACCAUCUUCCUCGACUCCUGCAUGGGGGUAGUCCAGAACAGUAAGGUGAGGCGCUUUGCGUUCGAGCUGAAGAUGCAGGAUAAAAGCACGUACCUGCUGUCUGCAGACAACGAGAGCGAGAUGGACGACUGGAUCGGAACCCUCAACAAGAUCCUGCACAGCAGCUUUGAACAGGCCAUGCAGGAGCGCAGGAAUGGAGAGCUGCAUGACGAAGACGACUUGGUAAAGUCAGAAAUCACUGUUGGGAAUUUUCAGGACAGUUUUCAGAGUGCCAGAGACAUUGAGUCCAAGAUGCGCAGCGAGACUCGGCUGAAGCUCUUCACCCUGGAUCCAGACACUCAGAGGCUGGAUCUGUCAGGGAUUGAGCCGGAUGUGAAGCAGUUUGAGGAGAAGUUUGGAAAGAGGGUUCUGGUCAGCUGUAAUGAUCUGUCCUUCAAUUUACAGAGCUGUGUAGCAGAGAAUGAGGAAGGCCCAACCACUAAUGUGGAGCCAUUUUUCGUGGUGCUGUCCCUGUUUGAUGUUCAGAACAGCAGGAAGAUCUCAGCAGAUUUCCACGUGGAUCUGAAUCACCCGUUAGUGCGCUCCAUGAUUUCCCCAACCAGCACUGUGAUCAAUGGAGCCAUGGACACUCCACACAUGCCCAUGCAGCUCAACGGGCUACCAGAGGGGGCGCUGCAGUACCCCACACAGGGUGUGUUCUCUGUGACCUGUCCACACCCUGACAUCUUUCUGGUGGCUCGGAUUGAGAAAGUGCUGCAAGGUGGCAUCACACACUGCGCUGAGCCUUACAUGAAGAGCUCAGACUCUGCAAAGGUGGCUCAGAAAGUGCUAAAGAAUGCCAAGCUGGCCUGCAGUCGACUGAGCCCGUACAAGAUGCCUUUCGCAUGGGCAGCCAGGCCUGUGUUUAAAGAUGCCUCAGGGACUCUGGAAAAAAGUGCCCGCUUCUCCGCCCUUUACCGGCAGGACAGCAAUAAACUGUCGGAUGAAGACCUCUUCAAACUGCUUGCGGACUUCAGAAAACCUGAGAAGAUGGCCAAGCUUCCCGUCAUUCUGGGUAACCUGGAUGUAACCGUGGAUAGUGUGGCUCCUGAUGUGUCCAAUUGUGUUACUCCCUCCUACAUCCCUGUGCGGCCCUAUGAGAGCAGUGGGCGGAGUUUAUUAGAGGUGGAGGAGUUUGUGCCGUGCAUCGCUAAGUGUUCACAACCCUUCACCACCUACAACAACCACCUCUACGUCUACCCCAAACACCUCAAAUAUGACAGUCAGAAGUCCUUCGCCAAGGCGAGGAACAUCGCGGUGUGUGUGGAGUUCAGGGAUUCUGAUGAGGAGCAAGCGCAGCCACUCAAGUGUAUCUAUAGCCGUCCUGGUGGACCCUUGUUCUGCAGGAGUGCAUACGCAGCAGUGCUGCAUCACCAGCAAAACCCGGAGUUCUAUGAUGAGAUCAAGAUAGAGCUGCCCACUCAGCUGCACGAGAAGCAUCACCUGCUCUUCACCUUCUACCACAUCAGCUGUGACAGCAGCACCAAGAAGAGGGACAUGGUGGAGACACAAGUGGGAUCAGCCUGGCUGCCGCUGCUUAAAGAUGGCCGGGUCAUCAUGAGUGAGCAGCAGAUUUCUGUAGCGUCUAACUUACCUGCAGGUUACCUGAGCUGCCAGGAGGGGCUUAACAAGCACUCUGGUCCUGAGGUGAAAUGGGUGGAUGGAGGUCGCCCGCUGUUCCGAGUGUCAACACACCUGGUGUCCACAGUCUACACUCAGGAUCAGCAUCUUCAUAAUUUCUUCCAUCAUUGCCAGAAGGCUCAAGCCACUGAGGGAGAGCUGGUCAAGUACCUUAAGAGUCUUCAUGCCAUGGAAAGUCAUGUGAUGAUCAAUUUCCUCCCAACUAUUCUGAACCAGCUGGUGCGUGUUCUGACCACGACCAGUCAUGAGGACGUGGCAGUGAACACCACCAGGGUGAUGGUGCACAUAGUUGCGCAGUGUCAUGAAGAGGGCCUUGAACAUUACCUCAGGUCUUAUGUGAAGUUUGUGUUCAAGACAGAGUGCUACUCAGCCUCCAACAGUAAUGGUAAGACAGUGCAUGAGGAGCUGGCCAAAGCUAUGACCGCCAUCCUAAAGCCUUCUACUGAUUUCCUCACCAGCAACAAGCUCCUGAAGUACUCCUGGUACUUCUUUGAGGCCUUAGUAAAGUCCAUGGCCCAGCAUUUAAUAGAAAGCGGAAAAGUGAAACUUUCAAGGAAUCAGCGGUUUACUGCCUCCUUCCACCAUGCUGUGGAGACGCUGGUGAACAUGCUGAUGCCACACAUCACUCAGAAAUACAAAGACAAUCUGGACGCUGCCCGCAAUGCCAACCACAGCCUGGCAGUCUUCAUCAAGCGCUGUUUUACCUUUAUGGAUCGAGGAUUUGUCUUCAAGCUGAUCAACAACUACAUCAACUGCUUUGUUCCUGGAGAUCCCAAGACACUGUACGAGUUUAAGUUUGCGUUUCUGAGGGUGGUGUGUAACCAUGAGCACUUCGUCCCUCUGAACCUGCCCAUGCCCUUUGGGAAAGGAAGGAUAAUGCGCUUUCAAGACCUGCAGCUAGACUACUCUCUGACCGACGACUUCUGCAGGAAUCACUUCCUGGUGGGGCUCUUGCUGCGAGAGGUGGGUGGAGCCCUGCAGGAGUUUGGAGAAAUCCGACAGAUAUCCAUCCACGUGCUAAAAAGCCUGAUGAUCAAGCACACUUUCGACGAUCGCUACACCUCCAAGAGUCAGCAGGCGAGAUUAGCGACUCUCUACCUGCCUCUGUUUGGGCUGCUGCAGGAGAACGUCCACAGACUCAACGUCAGAGAGCCCUCCACCAAUCAGAAUGGGAAAGAAGAACCUGUCCUGAGCAUCACAACAGCAACACCACAUAAACCUGCUGGAAACCCUGAGAGCAGUCUACAUAAAGAUGUGUUUGGUGUCAUCUCUGGCACAGCUUCCCCCCACACCUCCACACCCAACAUCGGAGCGGUACGCCACGCCGACUCCCGCGGCUCUCUGGUCAGCACUGACUCUGGGAACAGUCUUCCUGAGAAGAACAGCGAGAAGAGCAGCUCUUUGGAUAAGACUCAAUCUGCAUCUGCUCUUGGGAGCUCUAUUCUGCGGUGUGACAAACUAGACAGAGAGGAAAUAAAGAAUCUGCUGAUGUGCUUCCUGUAUGUUCUCAAGAGCAUGUCUGAGGAUGCUUUAUUCACAUACUGGAACAAAGCCACUUCCUCUGAAAUGACGGACUUCUUCACUCUGAUAGAAGUGUGUCUCCAUCAGUUUAGAUAUAUGGGGAAGAGGUUUAUUGCCAGGAGUCAGGAAGCAGUGGGAUUUCUGCUUCCAGACAGGAAGUCGUUAACCCUUCCUGUGUCUCGUAACAGAGCGAGUGUCCUACACACGCGUUUACACCAGCUUGGCAGCAUGGAGAAUGCACACACUUUCAACCACACCUACACUCACGCUGAUUCUGAAGCAUGUUUACUGGAUGCCAACAUCUCCACUGAAGUCUGUCUGACUGUGCUGGACACCCUCAGCAUCUUCAUUAUGGGCUUUAAGACUCAGCUCUGUGCUGAUUUGGGCCACAACCCCCUGAUGAAGAAAGUGUUCCAGGUGCACCUGUGCUUCCUGCAGAUCCCGCAGUCAGAAACAGCACUCAAACACAUCUUCACUUCUCUACGCACUUUUAUAUAUAAGUUCCCCUGUACGUUUUUUGAUGGCCGUGCAGAUAUGUGCGCCUGUCUGUGUUAUGAGAUCCUGAAGUGCUGUAAUUCUAAACUCAGCACCAUCCGCAGCGACGCCGCCCACCUGCUCUACUUCCUCAUGAAGAGCAACUUCGACUACACCGGCAAGAAGUCAUUCGUCCGCACUCACCUGCAGGUGGUGAUAGCAGUCAGUCAGCUAAUAGCUGACGUCAUUGGGAUUGGAGGAACACGGUUCCAGCAGUCUCUGUCCAUCAUCAACAACUGUGCCAACAGCGACAAGACAGUGAAGCACACUGCCUUCCCCUCAGACGUGAAGGACCUGACUAAAAGAAUCCGGACGGUUCUGAUGGCCACGGAGCAAAUGAAGGAGCAUGAGAAAGACCCUGAGAUGCUGGUGGAUCUGCAGUACAGCCUGGCCAAGUCCUACACCAGCACACCUGAACUACGCAAGACCUGGCUGGACAGCAUGGCCAAAAUCCACGUCAAGAACGGAGACCUGUCAGAGGCAGCGAUGUGCUAUGUGCACGUGGCAGCACUUGUGGCAGAAUACCUAAAGAGAAAAGGAAUGUUCCGGCAAGGCUGCUCGGCGUUCCGAGUCAUCACUCCCAACAUCGACGAGGAGGCGGCCAUGAUGGAGGACGUGGGCAUGCAGGACGUGCACUUUAAUGAGGAAGUACUGAUGGAGUUGUUGGAGGAGUGUGCUGAUGGGUUAUGGAAAGCUGAACGUUAUGAGCUCAUCUCGGACAUCUACAGACUCAUUAUACCCAUCUAUGAACAGCGCAGGGACUUUGAGAAAUUGGCCCACUUGUAUGACACCUUACAUCGGGCCUACACAAAAGUCAUGGAAGUGAUGCAUUCUGGGAAACGGCUGCUGGGCACAUUCUUCAGAGUGGCCUUUUUUGGUCAGGGCUUUUUUGAAGAUGAAGAUGGGAAGGAGUAUAUCUAUAAGGAGCCCAAAUUUACCCCUCUGUCUGAGAUCUCACAGCGCUUACUCAAACUCUACUCCGACAAGUUUGGCCAGGAGAACGUCAAAAUGAUCCAAGACUCUGGAAGGGUUAACCCUAAAGACCUGGAGGCUAAGUUUGCCUAUAUCCAGGUGACACAUGUAACUCCCUACCUGGAGGAGAAAGAGCUGGAAGAAAGACGAACUGACUUCGAGAAGAGCCACAACAUCCGGCGGUUUGUUUUCGAGACACCUUUUACAGCGUCUGGGAAAAGGCACGGCGGUGUGGACGAGCAGUGCAAGCGCAGGACUGUGCUCACCACGACUCACUGUUUUCCGUAUGUGAAGAAGCGAAUAGCAGUGAUGUAUCAGCACCACACAGACCUGAGUCCGAUAGAGGUGGCUAUAGAUGAAAUGAGCAGUAAAGUUGCAGAGUUAAAAGCUCUUUGCGCAGCCACUGAGGUCGACAUGAUCCGGCUGCAGCUUAAACUGCAGGGCAGCAUCAGUGUACAGGUAAACGCUGGACCACUUGCUUAUGCCAGAGCUUUUCUUGAUGACGCCUGUGCCAAGAAAUACCCAGAUAACAAAGUUAAACAGCUUAAAGAGGUCUUCAGGCAGUUUGUGGAGGCAUGUGGCCAGGCCUUGGGGGUGAAUGAGAGACUGAUAAAGGAGGAUCAGCAGGAAUAUCAUGAUGAGAUGAAAGCCAGUUACAGAGAGCUGACCAGAGAGCUCUCGCUUAUCAUGCAUGAACAGAUAUCUGCGGUCGAAAACGGAACAAAGAGCUCCCUCUCGGAUUCGCUGCACAUCUUCAACGCUAUCAGUGGCACUCCCAGUGGCUCUGCCUCUUCCAUGUGAAGUUUGACCCCAGAAUUAAAAUUCUGACAGUAUAAGUAGCUAGAGAGAGAAAGACAAGGGUGGCAGGGAAAUAUAAAAGUAAGAAAAGAGGAUGCUGAUAGAGGGAAAGUGUUUCCAUAAUCACUCUAUACUGCUGUGUAUAGCUCAUCUGUUCUUUAACAUCUCCCUUAAAGGCAUUCCUAAAUCCUGCAUCAGAACAUCUUAAGGCCUAUUUACACAAAGUACAAUUGAUGCGAUUUUCAAAGUCUAAAGCAUUUUUUGCCUUCUGUGCUACUUAAACAGAGCUAGAAACCAUAUAAAUCUCAUUCUCAUUACCACAUAUGUGCGCCCAUCUUUGUGUACUUUGUGUUAGAACUUCCAGUGCAUCACUGGAUUGAUAUAGAUUACAACCACAGCAAAAAUUCCUCGGCUGCAUCUGGUGCUUGUAGGGCUCUUAGGGUUUGACAGCACCAUAGUAGAUUUUCCUCCAUGAAAUGGUAGAAGAAGACGUAAGGGUUUGGGUGGAUGUUUUAACUUUAGCUCCUUCCACCACUUUCCAAAAGUGGAGCUACAUCUGUGGUUUAAAACACUACAUUUAUCCAUUCGUUAUUGUCCGCUUGAAUGUCCUUACCCUAAAAAACGGCUCUGUUCUGAAGCUAGGGUGAAGUGGACACAUGAGGAAACUUAUGUAGCCCUUACUGGUAGAUUAGCUCUUAGGCUAAUGUCUUUGCUGACAGUUAGCUGUGUUUUAUUUGUUUAGUUAUGUAAGCUCUACAUCUCAAUUUUCUUCAAAUGAGGCUUAAAUGUUCAUUUGAUUAAAUAUGUUGAAACAGCCACAGGCUUUCAUGAGCUGUCCUAAUUCUUUCACAUGACUGUACAUCAGUAUCUCUUCUCUCGCAGUGUGUUCUGCCUCUCGCUGAUUAGCUUCACAUGCCUGUGAUCUUAUGGAAGAUUUAAAUACCAGCCUGACGCUUCUACACAGGAUAGCACCCAUGCCAGUAGAAAGUAGCAAGCGCUUUGAAGCCGUCUGAUUUAUUGUUUUUAGUAGAAAGGAUUAAAAUCAAAUAAGGAAGUGCUAUUACGUUCUGUUCUCUGUAGAUAAGGAGUGCAAUAUACGUCUGACCAUGUGCUCCUCUUAUUUUAUUAAUGAUCUCUUGCCAAAGAGGAAAGAUGAGCUGUGGAGUUCGUGGAUAAAGGCGUCUGACAUUAGGAUUUUUAUACCCUUGUCCUGUUUCUUUAUCGUUCAUGUAAAUUGUUUUUGUAUCUGGAAAAGUUGGGGGUAUUUUUAUUUAACAGUAAUGUUAAAAGUUUUUGAAUUUGUGUAUAUAAUAUAUUAAAGUCUUCUCUUUUUAAUUAAAUAAAAAAUAUCCUACAAAU